AUGGCCAACUCUGACCUUUCCAUAAAUAUUAAGUUGCAUAAAAUAAUUCCUUUUCUAUGUUCUUCUCCAGCGGUCUACGAUGUUACAUGUUCCUCCAAAGUAAUGAAAAUCACCAUUUACAUCAACGUUACAGAAACGACAAUAUAUCUAGAAAGGUUAAAAGGUUAUUACGGUUGCAAACCGGAAAUUCAAAACGAUCGUGCCACCUUUACUCUUUCUCUGGACGAUAUUUAUAGUUGCGGUACAACUAAAAUUUUAAAUAAAAUUCAAGCGAAAUGCCACUCGAGGGAUGCGAGAGAAGCGAAGUGUUCAUCAAAGAAAAACAUCAACAUAACCGAUUACAUAGAAGCAUACGCUGCUGUACCUUAUUUAAAUUUGGCAUUAAGACAAAAUGGAAAGUUUCUGGACACGACUCUACACGUUCAACCUGGAACAUCUUUAGAAAUGCUUGUAUAUUUAGACAAGAAAAGUUCAGAUAUAUAUGGCUUGCUAACAACUUAUUUAAAGGUAACGGAUAGUACACCUCAGCAGGAAGAAAUCAUUAUAAUGAAUGGAUGUUCGAUAGAUCCUUAUAUAUUCGGAAAUUUUCAAACAAACGAUAAUGGAAACACUCUUUUCGCAAAAUUCCGAGCAUUCAAGUUUCCAGAUUCCAAUUAUGUACUUUUUGUAGGAACCGUCAAUGUGUGUUUGCAGAAAUGCAAAGAGGUGCCUUGCGGAAAUAACCAAUACGGUUAUGGCAGAAAAAAGAGAGAAAUACCAGCAGAACUCCCUCAAGAUCCAAAUCGUGUGUUUGAAGUGGAAAUGACCGCUUUUCUAAGGGUUGAACAUUACCAAGAUCAUUUCACUUUAAAAAAAGAAUCCAUGUCGGGAGAAUACGAAGACACGCUGUCCAAUCAUUUAACUCAAUCUCUAAAUUCAGCAGGACUUUUAUCGCCCACAUUACUCUUUCUGAUGACGACAAUGGUGUUUUUCAAUUACUAACGUAAUUUAUCGGCGAAAAUAACUCAAAAAAUAUACCGAACUUUUCGCCGAUCCGACCAAAAGUGUAUGCAAUCAUCCACACUACAUAGUACAUUUCGAUAAAAGUGGGAAAGAAGUGAUAAAUCUGCUAUUAAAAAAAAAAUGGAAGAAAAAAAGUCAUCGCUCCAAGGGCAGCUUUCAUAUAUAUACAUACAUAUAUAUAAAGACUUUUUAUCUUCUCAUAUUGAUUAUUGAGUGGUUUCAUACAAAAAAAAUCAUAUUUAACUUACAUGUUGUACAGAAAAAUAAUUUGCUCAUAUUAAAUUAUUUUCGUUAAUAUAAUUUGUUUAAUAGAAUGAAUAUUUAAUUGAAUUUCAUCAUCAGCCAGACCUGUAUUUGAAAGUAUCAACAGUUUCACUCAAAUUAUUACCAUUUUCUUCUAUUAACGGGGUUAAGUUUAUGGAUGUGAAACGGUUCUUUUCUUUUGCUACACAUUUCAAAAGUCAUUUCUAUUUUAUCCAUUUAAAAAAAAAAUCUUAAAAGACUUCAUUUUCAUGAUGAAAUCGUUAAAGUUUUAUGACUGGAUUUUGAUCAGCGUUAUUGGUGAACUUCUUUACGAAACUAACAGAAUAAAGCUCAAAAGAGGUUGAGAAAACAGGGUAAAAAUCUCAUUAUUUAAACUUCGUUUCUAAUAAUUUUACUUAAUAAAUGGACUGAAAUUUUUGAAAAAAUUAAAUUUUAUAGAUAGAGAAUAUAUACGACUAUUUUUCUAGAAUGCCGAAGAGAAUUUAUGAAUUAUCAUGUAAAAAAAUUUUGCCAGAAAGU